AUGGAGCUUCAAAAUAAUGUGGACGUCCAACUUGCAGCCGCGGUUGCGUAUUGCUUUCAAAAUAUUCGAAAUUCUCAAUCGUUAACAGGAAAUGAGAACACACAGCAGUCGCAAGUUCUUAAAAACAUCGAACAGUUUGCCCGAAAUAAUUCUACAAUACGAACUACGAUAUCGAAUUCAACAGAGAUAAAGCGACGUAAGACGCAAAUCGAUCAAGGCAGACAAAUUUCAUUGCAGCCAGUUCAUUUGAUUCCGAGUAAUGCUAACAGUCAAACAGUAUUGUCACAGUCGUAUUCGCGAGAUAAGCUAAACAGAACGGGGAUACUAACUACAGAAGUAGGUAUUCCACCUAAGAUUGCUGAAUGGAAAAAUAAACUGGUUCAUUUAAGUUUUUUGUUCAGCUCACUUGGCAACGGUACUAUGUCAGCAAUUCAAAUGUGUGCAGAACUUGAGGCAGAAUUUCGUCACCUGAUUACCUUUUUGUGUUACACAUCAUCCACCAAAAGACCUGUAAUGAUUUCUGAUCUCGUGGAAGUCUAUGCUGGAUCCUUGGUGAAGCUGCAUCAGUACUGUGUAGUUGGUACUGAUAAUUUACCAGCACAUCAAAAUUAUCAUUCAGAACUUGGGAAUGGGGAAGAGAUGAAAAAAGAAAAAAAAGGAGUUGAUGCAAGUUCCGAGAGAGUUUUAUACGCAGCAAUUCAUGAAGUGAUAUCGUUCUGGCUUCGAUUUCUACACUGUAACAAUUUGAAUAAGUACGAUCGGUUUUGGCUCCAUACACGAGCUGUUAUCACUCGAAUGUUCAGAAACAUCAUCAUUCAAGAAUGCAUUCUUGCUAUUAAACAUGAUUUGGCUUCAAUGCUCAAAGAGUUAACAAUGCUCGUUCUGGAAAAUAGCGAAUAUAGCUAUGGCUUUUACGCAUGUGAACAAAUGGAAUAUUUGAUGACUGUAUUAUCACAUCAAACAUCACAUGUUAACUGCUAA